AUGGCGACACCCAACCCGCUGGAGGGCACCCACAGCGCUGCUCCGCCGCCCCGCGUCUCGCAGAAGACGUUCCACAUCGCCGGGAUUCUCACCACCGUCCACGGACUCGACGAGCUGCCCGAGCCUUCCCAGCCCGUCGCCUGUCUCUGGCUGCUCAAUCCGCGCCUUCAGACACAGGAAUGCAUGGCUCCCAUCGCCGCGCAAGCCAUUGCAGCCUGGAACAAGCGCCUGCAGAGCGGUGUCGCUGGAGCGGGGCACGGUAAAGGCCUGAUAGCCGUGAGCUUCGACCAGCGGAACCAUGGUACCAGGAAGGUUGAUGCCCUUUCCAACGAGGCUUGGCGCAGUGGCAACCCGCGCCAUGCCCAGGACAUGUUCUCCAUCUACCAUGGCACGGCUAAUGACACCUCGCUGCUUUUGACCUACCUCUCUGCUUACAUCACACCCCAAAUCACCCAAAACCUCGUCCUCGGCAUCUCUCUUGGGGGCCAUGCUACCUGGCUGGUUGCUCUUCAAGACCCUCGCAUAACUACAGCCGUGUCCGUCAUCGGUUGCCCGGACUACACGUCCUUGAUGGUCCAAAGAGCAGAGAAGUCGAAGCUCCGGACCUGGACCUCCAGCGGUCCCCCGGGCUCGCGAUUCAUUGGCUCCGCCGACUUCCCCCAGGCGCUUGUAGAAGCCGUCUCUCUGUACGACCCUGCAGGACUAUUCAUGCACGGCAUGGCAAACCCAGAGGCCCCCACUGCCACCGAGAAGCAGGAGCUUGGAGCCAAGUUGAAGAGCCGGCUUAGGGGAAAGCGCAUCUUGAACCUUUCAGGCGGCGCCGACAAGCUCGUGCCUUAUGCUUGCGGUGAACGCUUCUUGACCCUGCUGAAGAAAAGCGUCAAAGAGGAUCCGGCUUUGGAGCUGGAAUUGGAGGAUCUCAUCUUCAAUGAUGUUGGGCAUGAGACAACCCCCGCGAUGGCUGAACGUGCGGUAAACUUUAUCUGCGACAGCAUUGCGUCGGAGAAACCCUCCUCGUCUUCGGUCCGAGAGUCGAAAAUUUGA